AUGGGUACUCCGGCUGAUGAUCUCGAUGACGAUCUUUUACUGGACGGGAUGCUCUGUCCGAUCAGUCAGCUUAUCAUGAGGGACCCCGUGUGUACGGUUGAUGGGCAUUCAUACGAGAGAUCAGCCAUCGAAGCUUGGUUCCGGAACCAGGAAGUGGCGGGACUCAGACAUUCUAGCCCGAUGACGGGCGAGACACUCCCGACUUCAACUCUCAUACCAAAUAUAACUCUCAAGAGAGUUAUCGACGAUUUUUUGGAUAAAACACCGGAAGUGGCACAGCAGCUGGGUACGGCAGCAUCGGCUCCUCCUUUAUACAUGCAUAACGCAUUAUCCUCAGCUGUUAGUGGACAUCGAACCUCAGUUGGGUAUCCUGACCUCGCGAGGCAGAGCAACUCGUUGUAUGAUAUGCGUUCACUCUCUUUCGCGGAGGAGCCCAGAGGGAAGCUAAUAGAGUUGGAGGAUCACAAGAAGACAGCUCGGAAAUGUGGGAUCUCAGUUUUGAAUGACUGGUUGGAAUCGAUUGUCUUCUGCUCUUUUCCUUUGAGUAUCAACGGCUAUAACAGGAGUGUCGAGUAUGAGAUCAAGAAAACAGUCACUGGCUGGGGAGGUAUCCAUAUUGGAGUCACACCAGAUGACCCGAAGAUCCUAGUGAAGUCGUCGAACCUGAAUACACAUUUAGAGGAGCACUCCUGGUGGGUGGACUCAGAUGGAUGGUUGCACGUGCCCGAUGAAGGCGCCAGUUUAUGUGGAUGGACAUCAGGAGAUCUCAAAGCCGGAGAUUUGGUUGCUAUCACAUGCCCAGAGGACGGUACUCUGUGUGUGUAUGUGAACGGUCGUAGGAAGGUCCAGGGUCGGGAAGCGCGGAUACCAUCAGGGAAGCGUUCAAAGCCGCUUUACGGCUUCAUUGCAUUGACAGGCAAUGUUACGGAAGUCGCUUUGGUGGAGGGGUCCUUAGCUCGCGAUUACCACUAGUUCUUCGGUGAUAUUGAGGAACCCUGCAGCACUAGAGUUGUCAUCAAACUUGUCAUAUUAGUGUACACGGGUUGACCUCCAUACUAUAGUUACUGGUUUACUUAGUCACG